AUGGAUGACUUACGAGAUUCUCAAAAAAUAGCAAUUCAAGAUGCAUUAGAUAUGGGUGAACUGACAACUGUUCUUGAAUUACUUGCUCUUGAUGCACGAAGUAUGGACGAAAGAGUCAAGGCAACGGGACAUCUUGAAUCUUGUCGAACAUUUGAGGUUGCGUUCAUAUUGCAUUUGAUGAGAGAUGUAUUAGCAAUCACAAAUGAGCUCAAUAAAUGCUUACAAAGAAAGGAGCAAGAUGUUGCAAAUGUCAUGCUACUUGUUGAAGUAGCAAAGAAAAGGUUGCAACUUAAUGCUCGUUUUAAUGAGGUAGCUACUGAUUUGCUCCAUGGAAUUGCUUGUUUGAUUCCAAUUAACUCGUUUUCAAGUUUUGACAACAAAAAAAUAAUGAGGAUGGCUCAAUUAUAUCCAGAUGAUUUUGAUGAAUUUAAUAUGAAUACUCUUGAGAAUCAACUUGCAAGUUACAUUGUUGAUGUUUAUGAUGUUGAUGAAAGGUUCUCUGAUCUAAAUGGACUUUGUGAUCUUUCCAAAAGAUUAGUCCAAAUGAAAAAAUAUCCAAAUUAUCCUCUAGUGUUCCGCUUAGUGAAACUUGUUCUACUUCUACCAGUUGCCACUGCAUCCGUUGAAAGAGCUUUUUCGGCAAUGAAGUUUAUCGAGAAUGACUUGCGAAGUCAAAUGAGUGAUGAUUUUUUUAGUGGUUGUUUGGUGCCUUUUGUAGAAAAAGAUGUAUUUGAUAGUAUUCCUAAUGAUGCUAUAAUUAAGACAUUUCAAGAUAUGAAACCUCGUAGAGUACAAUUGUAA